CCGGAGUUGAACAGAAAAGGAGCACGAGAAAAAGGAGCUUGACUGUGCAGUGGCUUACCCUUCUGGCACGAAGGAGCGUUACGAACGUCUUCUAGAGGAAUCAUACCGGCAAAACAAGCGACUGCGAGAAACGGUGACAGAGCAACAGGCGCGAAUUGAAUGCCUUGAGGCUGCUCCGAAACUAGCCGAGAAUGCGUUGAAAAGUACAUUAAAUGAGGAUCAGAUAGAGCUUCUGCUUGGACGAAAGCUCAGAGUGAACGAGUGGAGCGACGAAACGAUUACAGAGGCACUAAAAACGAAAUUUAGUUGCGGGAAACGAGGCACGAGUGCCAGAAAUACCCGAUGCCGUCGGAGCGCACGCUCCAACGUAAGAUGGAGCUGCUCCGAUUUGUACCGGGUGUGCUGGGGGAUAUUUUCACUCUUUUGAAAACCAAGCUGGCAUGUAUGCAGGAAUUGGAUCAGGAAGCGGGAAUUGUCUUCGAUGAGAUGUCAAUUGCGGAGGUCAAUUCCUACAACGUCGGUUGUGAAAGUUUUAUUGGAACGACCACCCUUCCUCCAGGGCCUAAGCUUGUUUCCCAAGCGAUGGUUUUCAUGCUAGUUGGUGUUCGCACCAGAUGGAAGCAAGUCGUGGCUUACCAUUUCACCGGAAAAAGCAAUGAUGCUCAGAAAAUAAAAGAAAAUUUGAAUGAGCUCAUUAGUAAAGCCGAAGAUGCUGGAGCUAAAACUCGGUUCAUUACGUCUGACUGCUGUGCGCAAAAUAAGGCGGUGUGGUCAUUGUUGGGAAUUGACACCAGCAGAUACCUGACGCACGAGGAUCAAACAAUGGCACAUCCGCUGGACAACACCAGACUGAUAGAAGUGAAACCGGAUGUUGUCCAUCUUUUCAAGUCUGUUGUACGGGGAUUUUUAACCAAUAAGGUUUUCUUAUUAUUCGAUGACGUGGUUAAGAAAUAUAACCUCAACUCAGCCAAAGUUGACAUGACGCAUCUAAUUGACCUGAUACACUUCGAGGAGAAAAAUAAGUUGAAGGUCGCUCAUAAGCUCGAAUUGGAACACCUCUUAAAAAUUUCGAGCUUCGACAGUAUAAAGGUUGAAAACUCUGUAAGGGUAUGCAACUUGACGGUUGCAGCGGCGUUGCGGUAUUAUGCAGUACACGCUAACCGUCCAGACGUUUUGCCGACCGCACUCUUCAUUGAGAUAGUUUCCAAUUGGUUCAACCUGCUGUCGAACCGGAGUAGACAGAUGGCUCUUAGCAAAGGAAACUUGGUGGCGUAUAAUAGAAGCAUCGGUUUCCUGCGGGACUGCUGCGACUUCUUCUUCGGCUUGGCUGUUGGUGGUAGCUGGGAACCGUGGCAAUCCGCAACAAUACUAGCCACUAAAGCUAUCAGCUAUCACGCGGUCAGAAUAAAGCAGAAAAAACCAUCGGCGUUGCAAUUUCAAGCCAUACUGAAACAAAUAUGUGUUUCACAAUACAUGCUUGAAAUUGCCAACAGUUCGUACGAGUUCGAUGGCGGCGAAUUCAUUGGUGGCAUAAAAGCAAUCUACGAUGCUCGUGCGGGAGCUGUGCAGCAGGAAAUUAUACUUAGCCCACCUAUAAAGCUGCCCCUAAUGGCAGCAACUAUUUCGGCCGACGCUGCCGAAGCUGCGCUCCCGCAACCGGAAAAAAAUGCGCUGUAUUAUCGUCAUAAUACGACUGUCUGGGCUGCUCUGAGGCUUCACACAAUCUUCUCUAAGUUGACAACAUGGCGGAGAUGUGAUGAACUGGGACUUCGGCUAACCGUAUGCGGAUAG